CCCAAUCUGGAGUUGGCGUAUUCCGAAACAUAUCCAAAUCCCCCCAAAUUCAAACAACACCUUGCAAACAUGGCUGAGACCGCUGCUGCUGCCCCCACCACCUUCAACGUCUUCUUUGGCAACAUCCCGUUCGGCACCACCGAGGAGACGCUCAAGAACCUCUUCCCCGGCAACGCCGACCUGAUUGACGCCAAGGUCAUCCGUCGCGGCGUCCGCUCGAUGGGCUACGGCUUUGUCGAGUUCCGCACUGAGGCUGCUGCCAAGGCCGCUGUCGACGCCUGGAACAAGAAGGAGAUUGAGGGCCGCCCCGUCAACGUCGAGAUCUCGGUCAAGAAGGAGCGUGCCACCACUGCCCCCGCUGCCACCGCCGGCGCUGCCGCUGCUGCUGCCGCCCCCGCUACCGGCGACGCUGCUGCCCGCGGCGCUGCUGCUGGCGGUGCUCGCCGUGGUCGCUUCAACCGCGGCCCCCGCGCUCCCCGCGCUCCCCGUGCUGAGGGCGCUGCCCCUCUGACCGGUGCCGCCCCUGUCGCCGCUGCUCCCGCUGCUGCCGCCCCCGCUGGUGAGCGUCGCCCCCGUGCUCCUCGCGCUGCCCGCCCCGCCCGCACUCCCCGUGCCCCCGUCGACCCCUCUGCCCCUCGCGAGGAGUCCAAGACCCUCCUGUUUGUCGGCAACCUCCCCUUCACCGUCACCGACAACCAGCUCAAGACCGACACCUUUGCCGGCUUUGAGGUUGCCCGCGCCUACGUCGUCCCCGGCCGCCGCGAGGGCCGCUCCAAGGGCUAUGGCUUUGUCGAGCUGAACUCUGAGGCUGAGGCCGACCGCGCUCUUGCCGCCGUCCAGGGCAAGACCGUCGAGGACCGCACCAUCACCGUCAAGCGUGCCCUCAAGACCGACUCUGCCGGCCCCGCUGCCGCUGCCACCGCCACCGCCUAAAGUGCCAUUUGGCGUGUGACCACUGAGUGAUGUGGAAAGAUCUUGAGUUCUUGCUGGGUCUUUUUUCACUUUGCUCGUGCUGUCCCCCUUCAGGAGCGAUUGUUUGUUUUCGUCCCUGUUAGUGUCCCUUUCCCCCCCCCCCAAUCCCCGUCCCCUCAUAUCAUGCUUUUCUUUUUUUUUAUUUUGCCUGCUCUCUCUCACACAUUUUAAAAAAGAAAGGUGUUGUUCCGGCUCUUCGGCUCUUGCCCCUGUGUUUCGGUUUCAUGACAAUAUAUUUUUGGUCACAAACA